AUGGUCAGAGUUGUGGCCUGGUUGAUUCGCGUCGCAGGCCGAGCCCGAAAACAGAAAUACACUUCAGAGUAUUUGACUCGCGAGGAACUUGACGACUCACUCACUGUCUUAGUUAAACAGUCUCAAGUCCGUUGGUUGUCCAAACUCCACGAGGAUCUAGCGCGCGGCCGCCCUGCACAACGGUCAUUGGCUGGUCUGCGGCCCUUCGUCGACGCACGAGGUGUUAUCCGUGUCGGAGGUCGUCUGACGCGUUCUAAUCUAACCAGUGCCGAAAAACAGCCUAUUCUGUUGGCUAAGGACUCUCACUUAUCAACACUUCUUGCUCGCCAUUGGCACCUGGUCACAUGUCACUCCGGACCUCGAGUAAUUACGUCAUUGAUCACAAGACAAUUUUGGAUAAUAUCGGUGAGGGCGGUGAUCCGUCGUGUCAUUGGUCAAUGUACGAUCUGCGUGAGAACUCUCGCCCAAAGUCCCCACCCAAUGAUGGCAGACUUACCAAGCUCCCGUGUCCAGAUGUGUCGUCCAUUCACUCGCGUGGGCAUUGAUUACGCAGGGCCACUGUCCAUGCGUGAGUGUCGUUUACGUAAGGCCCGACAAUAUAAAAUUUACGUGGCAGUGUUCGUGUGUAUGGCAACUAAAGCCGUUCAUCUGGAAGUCGUGUCCGAGCUGUCCACUAAUGCGUUCCUGGCAGCUUUCGAUCGAUUUGCCGCACGUCGGGGCCUCCCUACUGACAUAUUCUCCGACUGUGGCACGAAUUUCGUGGGAGCAGCAAAGUACCUCCGCACCUUGGUUAAUGAUCCGACUAUCCGAACGCAUUAA